GGCUGCCAACCCACCCAAGCUUUCUUCUCCUCCGCCACCACCACCUUCCCUCCUUCCCCCUCCUCCCCCUCCUUUCCAUCUUCCCUCUCCACCCCGCCCCCAAUCUCCUCCUCUUUUUCUCACUACAAGCGGUUGCUGAUGCUGAAGCCGAGCGUCACUUCGGCUCCCACGGCAGACAUGGCGACAUUGACAGUGGUCCAGCCGCUCACUCUGGACAGAGAUGUUGCCAGAGCAAUUGAAUUACUGGAAAAACUUCAGGAAUCUGGAGAAGUACCAGUGCACAAGCUACAAUCCCUCAAAAAAGUUCUUCAGAGUGAGUUUUGUACUGCUAUUCGAGAGGUGUAUCAAUAUAUGCAUGAAACGAUAACUGUUAACGGCUGUCCCGAAUUCCGUGCCAGGGCCACAGCAAAGGCGACAGUUGCAGCUUUUGCAGCUAGUGAAGGCCACUCCCACCCUCGGGUAGUCGAACUGCCAAAGACUGAUGAAGGCCUUGGUUUUAACGUGAUGGGAGGAAAGGAGCAAAAUUCCCCUAUUUAUAUCUCUCGCAUCAUUCCUGGAGGGGUAGCCGAAAGACACGGAGGCCUCAAAAGAGGAGACCAGCUGCUGUCAGUGAACGGAGUGAGUGUGGAGGGAGAACACCAUGAGAAAGCUGUGGAACUACUCAAGGCCGCUAAGGACACUGUCAAGCUGGUGGUCAGAUACACCCCAAAAGUCCUGGAAGAAAUGGAGGCUCGCUUUGAAAAGCUACGGACAGCCCGGCGUCGGCAGCAGCAGCAAUUGCUAAUUCAGCAGCAGCAACAGCAGCAGCAGCAACAAACACAGCAAAACCACAUGUCAUAGGUCCUUGGAGAAAAGCUACUUGAUCAAACAUCUGAUAGUCACAAAUUUGAAACCGUGCUUCAGAAUCCUAGCACAUAGUCAAAGGAAAAGACAAUACUGAUAAUUAUACCUAUCAAGAAGCUGUGAA